GGUUAGACAGGUAGGUAAAGUAAAAAAAAUUUAAAAAAUUUUCAGUUUUACCUCAUUGACGAAAUAUCACCGAAAUACGGAUACAUAAUAGCAACACCCUUUCCUACAUAGCUCCAAGGAUUAAACAGUUAAAAUACUAGUCAACUAGUAGAAAAAUAAAAACAAACAACAAAACGUCAUUCCAAAUUCUACUCCUAUAUCAUAGUAGUUCUACUCCUUAUCCUUGUCCUUGUCCUUGUCAACGCCGCUUUGCUUCGGCAACGGACACCGGAAUCUUCACCGCAUGUGACCAACUUAAGACUUCAAAACCGUGCAAACUUGUCAUCAUCGCAGCAGCCGCGACUGGGCGAGCCGCUUCGACUUGCACUUAGGGGUUUAGUGGCUAUCAGUCCGCGCUUCCUUAUUACGUACUUAACAUACCAUAACUCUCUUGACUACCAACUCGCCCCCGCCUUACCAUUCUUUUUUAUCUCUUCCCUAUCUCUAAAAGUUCUUGGCCUUUCUUCUUUUGACUUUUAGCUUCUUUCUUCUAUAAGAACCGAGAAUACCCUUCAAGCUUCAAGGCAAUAUUCUAAUUAUUUCUUCUUUUUCGACUUUUUUUUUCUAUCUUAACAGCCAUGUCUCCUCACGCAGACGCUCCGACUACCCGCUUGGGCAAUGGCUCGAAUGGCUCGAAUGGCUCGAAUGGCUCGACAGUCUCGUCUAGAUACCAUUCUUCUUCGACCAAGGCUGCAAUUCAGGCAGAAAAUCAAUACGCCGCCCACAACUACCAUCCGCUCCCCGUCGUCUUCGCUCGCGCGCAGGGUGCCGACGUGUGGGAUCCUGAAGGCAAGCACUACAUCGAUUUCCUCUCAGCAUACAGCGCCGUGAAUCAAGGCCAUUGUCACCCAGAACUGGUGAAAGCUCUCACUGAACAGGCUGGAAGAUUGACCUUAAGCUCCAGGGCAUUUCACAAUGACGUGUUUCCCAAAUGGGCGGAAAAGGUGCAAGCGAUGUUCGGGUACGACAUGGUCCUGCCGAUGAACACGGGAGCGGAGGCUGUAGAAACAGCUAUCAAGAUUGCAAGAAAAUGGGCCUAUAAAGUCAAGGGUGUUCCCCAGGGCAAGGCAUUGGUGUUCGGCGCCGAGGAAAACUUCCAUGGCCGCACGAUGACGGCGGUGACUCUAUCCACCGAUCCAGAGUCAAGGGAUAACUACGGGCCAUAUGUGCCAAAUAUUGGGGCCAUAUCCCCCUCCACUGGUAAGCCUAUUCGGUACAACAACGUGGCUGACUUGGAAGAGCUGCUUGAGACUCAUGGGCGUGAGACUGCUGCGUUCAUUGUCGAGCCUAUCCAGGGAGAGGCGGGAGUAGUGGUUCCCGAUGAGGAUUACUUGAGCAAAGUGCAUGCGCUUUGCAAGAAACAUAAUGUUCUCUUGAUCUGUGAUGAGAUUCAGACGGGUAUCGGUCGCACAGGUCGGAUGCUGUGUUCUGAGUGGGCUGGCAUCAAGCCGGACAUGAUUACUUUGGGAAAAGCUAUCUCUGGUGGCAUGUAUCCCGUCAGUUGCGUCCUCAGUAGUAAAGAGAUCAUGCUUGUCGUCGAGCCUGGAACCCAUGGCUCGACGUACGGCGGAAACCCAUUAGGCUGCGCUGUCUCUAUACGUGCUCUUGAGCUCAUGGAAGAGGAGCAGCUCACCCAAAUGGCUGAAAAGCUUGGUAAUAUCUUCCGCGACAGUCUAGCGUCGUUUAAUUCGCCGCUUAUCAAGACUAUCCGUGGAAAGGGACUACUAAAUGCCGUCGUCAUCGACGAAUCAAAGGCCAACGGCCAUUCAGCUUGGGACCUCUGUCUUCUUCUCAAGGAGAAGGGUCUUCUGGCUAAACCGACACAUGGUAACAUCAUCCGGUUUGCACCGCCGUUGGUUAUUUCGGAAGCGCAACUUCAAAAGGCCAUAUCCAUUAUUGGCGAUGCGCUGCAGGAGCUACCAAAUAUGAAGAAACAUGAGGACGUCCACGUCGGACUGGAGAAUUGAUUUCUUGCGGCGCAUUAGCACUAUCACUACCGACACCCCGCCUUUCCGGCCCGUGUGAAGUAAUGGGACGGGAUGGGAUUAUGCAUCUGGAUUGGGAGGUAGAUUCGAUGACCGCUCAUUGGCAAGGCGUACUGCGUCGAAUACAAGUGGAAAAAGGGUAGUAAGAGGGUGCGAGACCACCUACCUACAUAGUAAACGGUGGACAUGAUUAGGAUUAGGGUGGUGUCCUUAGGUACUACCCUUACAACCCUGUCAAACCUAUAAAGUAUACCCGGCAAGGUUUGUUUCUUUGCCUAUUACAUUACUAUGUAUGAAGUAUACGGAGAGCUAUCAUAGAUUCCUACCUCCUUGGGUACCUAGACUACAGGUUUACAGGGAUCACUCGCGAUUUAAAGGAUUGUGUUGCGCUAAAAGGCGGGUUUAUCUGUUCCCUGGUUCUAAGUCGGCAAUGCGGGGGCCCUAUGCGGCAAUGUGCAUAGUGUGGGUAAUGAUGGUUUGGUGGGAAGCAUAGAAAUUACUGUUAAUGGAACAGCUGAUACGAGGCAGACUUGAGCGUUUUCCGUCUUUCGUCUUUGCAUCUCCUAUUGUAGGUAUGACCAUUUUACUAGAGUGAUCGUAGUGAUAUGUAGC